GACCGCAGCCAAUGAGCACCGAGGGUAGGCGGGUUAGUACGGCGAGAUGAGUGACAGACAGGCUCCAUAACCAGUAGACAUAGAAGACAGAACUAAGUGGCGGGUAAGGCCCCCAAUGACUAUUUGAGCUCUUGAUCCAGGAGAUGGGGGUGGGCCAUUCAGAAGCGCGGGGCCGGGCCUAGCGGACGCUUGUUGUUGUCCGGCCGGGGGAGGCGGAGGUCGCUGGUUCGCUCGCUCGCUCGCUGACUUGCCAGGGCGCUCUGUGUCGGUCGGCGGCAGGUCGGUCGCGAGAGCGGGCUCUGUGCAGGGGGGGCGAGGCUAUGUCGCGGUGGCAGCCCGGAUGGGCCGUCAGGGCCGGGAGUAACGGGACGUCGCCGCGGAGCUUCUUUCCCCGGAUACAGUGCGGCCCGAGCGGAGGCCGCGGCGCCGCCCUCCGAUCCUGAGAAGCCCAAGCUGCGCGGAGCCCGCCCCCACCUGCGCACCGGCACCGACGCCGAGCGACCUAGCCAAGCCAGGCCCGGCCUAGUGCGGCCCGAUCUAACCCAGCCAGGCAGGUGGGUGUCCGCCCUGCUCCCAGCUCUGUCUCGGGCCGCCGGAACCACAGCCCCCAGCAGGCCUCGCGCGGCGCGCUGCCUCCUGGGACUUGUAGUUCCACCUGGCUCGGCGGGUGCCCGGCCCGGCCGACUCUGCAGCACCCCAGCGGAGUCGAGGGACCGCCCUCCUAGGCGCCCGGAGAAACUAGGCGCUCUUUCAGAGUAGAGUGGAGGAACCUGUAGCUUUCCUCUCCCCUGACCAGAAAGCAGCCAGAACAACGGAAGAGCGUCUGCCCAGGCAGCACUAGCCCCCCGGAGCACGGAGCUCCCUCCACAAGGACAUGAAGCUGUUGGAGAACUCGAGCUUUGAAGCCAUCAACUCACAGCUGACUGUGGAGACUGGCGAUGCCCACAUCAUCGGCAGGAUUGAGAGCUACUCAUGUAAGAUGGCAGGAGAUGACAAGCACAUGUUCAAGCAGUUCUGCCAGGAGGGCCAGCCCCACGUGCUGGAGGCACUCUCUCCACCCCAGACCUCAGGCCUCAGCCCCAGCAGACUCAGCAAAAGCCAAGGUGGAGAAGACGAAGGCCCCCUCAGUGACAAGUGCAGCCGCAAGACCCUCUUCUACCUGAUUGCCACACUCAAUGAGUCCUUCAGGCCUGACUAUGACUUCAGCACAGCCCGCAGCCAUGAAUUCAGCCGGGAGCCCAGCCUUAGCUGGGUGGUGAAUGCAGUCAACUGCAGUCUGUUCUCAGCUGUGCGGGAGGACUUCAAGGCCCUGAAACCACAGCUGUGGAACGCGGUGGACGAGGAGAUCUGCCUGGCUGAAUGUGACAUCUACAGCUAUAACCCAGACUUGGACUCAGACCCCUUCGGGGAGGAUGGUAGCCUCUGGUCCUUCAACUACUUCUUCUACAACAAGCGGCUCAAGCGAAUUGUCUUCUUUAGCUGCCGCUCCAUCAGUGGCUCCACCUACACAUCCUCAGAGGCAGGCAAUGAGCUGGACAUGGAGCUGGGGGAGGAGGAGGUGGAGGAAGAAAGCAGAAGUGGAGGCAGUGGGGGUGGGGCCGAGGAGACCAGCACCAUGGAGGAGGACAGGGUCCCAGUGAUCUGUAUGUGAUGAGGAGGAGCGGAGGUUCCAGCUUCUUCCAGCUUCAACCAAUGCCUGGACCUGUCUGCCUGAGAGGCCCCUGGGGCCUCCCCAGCUGCUGGCCAGACCACGGCACUGCCACAGUCCUGGCACUGCCCAAAGCCACACCUGCCUAGCCCUUUGGCUCCAGCCUGUGGAUGCCCACUCACCCCCCAGGAUCCUGCUGCCCAUGCUGUGGCCAGACUCUGCAGCAGGGGACCUGGUGGGAAGAGCAACUGCCCUGCCCACGUGAACUGCCACAAGCAGGACAGCUGGACCACAGAGUUUAUUUUUGUAUUUCUUCUGGGCCUACACACUCCAGCUCAAAGGGCCUGUGGCCAGAGGCCCCGCAAGCAGGCCCCAGCGGUCACCGGCUCUGGUCUUGGGCCGGCCCCUGGUGCCCACCUGUACCCCCACCUUGCCCAUUUGGCCGCGUGCACUGAGUGUCACUUUGCUGCAGCUCAUUCCUUUACAAUAAAAGUUUCUGUGACUUA